UGUUGAUGUUAAUUUAAACACUAGUGCUCAUGUUGAAAAAUGUUUAACUUAUUUAUUAUUUUAAUAUUUUUGUCAUUUGUACAUACGAACCCGCUAGGAAUAAUAGGCGGCCAUGAUGCCGAUAUCUCAAAAUAUCCAUGGAUAGCUUCCUUACAAUAUCAAGGAAACCACUUAUGUGGCGCAACUCUGAUUUCAAGUAAAUGGGCUCUUACUUCUGGUGAUUGUACUCAAGAUAUAAAUGUUCUUGAAGAAUUAACCAUCCGCUUAGGAACAAAUAAUAUAUCGUCAGCUGGGCAAAUUAUCCACAUAGCCAAUUAUUUUAGCCAUCCAAAAUUUAAUACCUUCAAUAAUGACAUGGAUGUGGGUCUCUUAAAAUUAGAAACGGAAGUGAAUAAUGUUACUUUUGCUACAUUAACAAACGCCACUGAUAUUGUUCCAGUUGGUUCAAACGUUACAGUUUUAGGAUGGGGCGGCAAAGGAGACUCUAUAGGACCUACUGAAAUCCUUCAGGAAACAGAACUUACUGUUUUUGAUUAUGAGUAUUGUAACAAAACAAAAACUCCCUAUUUUACCGAGAAUAUGUUUUGUGCUAGCGGCGUGGAAACCCCUGCUGGUACUUGUAAUUACGAUUCUGGGGGACCUGUAUUAUUAGAUGGUAUUAUUGUGGGAAUUAUAACAGAUGGUCGAGGACCAUGUGCUGAUGCUACUUCACCUGAUAUGUUUGUUAAGUUAGCUAACGCUAGAGAAUUUAUAACAUCAUAUACAGGUAUUUGAUGUAAACAUAUAACAAUACAAAGUAAAAUAGCCUAUGUAUAGUUUAUAAUUUAUAAUUA